AUGGCAGAGAUGGAAAAAGAGGGCAGACCUCCGGAAAAUAAAAGAAGCCGAAAACCAGCUCACCCGGUGAAAAGGGAAACAAAUGAAGAGAUGAAGAGUUUUGCAGAGAGCACCAUGAACGAGCUGCUGGGCUGGUACGGCUACGACAAGGUGGAACUGAGGGACUCUGACAACCUGGAGAUUGGGGAGACGCCGCAGCACAUCUCUGUCCUCAAAGAAAACUUGUUGCCAAAAAUCCCAACGUCAACGGAGAGCAGCGAAGGCUCUCCGGAUCGAGCCAACAGCUCCCAGUCCCUGCCAGCCUCCAGGAACGGAGUCACAGAGUCCUCCACCACAGCGUCCACCUCCAUGCCCAGCACCAAGGAGCAUGGCAACCUGCCCAUCGUAGUCCCCAUGAUCAAGCCCCCUGCAGACGAAGAUGCAUCCAAUGUGCAGAUCUUGUGCGCCUGGUGCCAGAAGGUCGGCGUCAAACGCUAUUCUCUGAGCAUGGGAAGUGAGCUGAAGAGCUUCUGCAGCGAGAAGUGCUUCGCCGCCUGCCGCAGGGCGUAUUUCAAGAGAAACAAGCUGGGAUAUAUAAGGAAUUACGCUGCGAGAGACGACGGUGGCCUCGAUGGGAAAUUACCCCAGCACAGCUUUACUCAGGACACGCCCAGGCUUGUCUUCAAGACAAACAGCGAUGUGCUUGUGUGCGACUGGUGCAAACAUAUACGCCACACGAAGGAGUACCUGGACUUUGGUGCUGGUGAGCGGCGGCUGCAGUUCUGCAGUGCCAAAUGCCUGAACCAAUACAAGAUGGACAUUUUCUACAAGGAGACCCAGGCUGCACUGCCUGGAGGAUUGUGUAACCCAGGUCACGGGCUGGGUGGGGAGGGUACGAUGGAGUGCGGUGGAGGGGUCCAGCUGCUCACGCCUGAAUCCUGGGGAACGCCGUUAACGGACCUGCGGCGCAAGGCUCCCUCACCGGGGGGGCCUUCCGCCACCUCUGUGUUGGGCCCUUCCUCUGCCACCUCACCCUCAGACACUGCUGCCUACUGCUCCCCGUCCUCGUCCUCCUCAGCCAAAAUCCCCACGCCCAGACCCCACGAGAGCCCCACACUUUACCCCCCACCUAUGCCCACUUUGCACCCACCUGUCGGGGUUCCUCCCGGUAGCCCUCCCAUGGUGAUGACGCCCCGGGGACCCAUGCCCCUGCCGCUGUUCAUGGAGCAUCAAAUGAUGCAGCAGAUGCGUCCGUCGUUCCUUCGGCCCUCUGCCCAUCCAGGGGGUCCCCACAGCCCCCUGUCAAACCCUCUCAUUCCUGGUAUUGGUCCACCUCCUCCGAGGACAAUGGGCUCAGCCUCAAGCAACAUGCACAGGCCCCUGCUGUCUCCACAUGUCCACCCUUCGUCCAAUCAGAACUCUGGCAUGAUGCCCCCUUACCCUGGUCUCUCCAUGCCAGGCAUGCCCCCUUUCCCCCCAGUCAACAUGAUGCCCAAUGGACGCAUUCCUAUGCCCCAAAUGAUGAACUUUGGCAUGCCAUCCUUGGCCCCAUUGGUACCCCCACCAACUCUCUUGGUCCCUUACCCUGUCAUAGUACCACUCCCAGUCCCGAUCCCAAUUCCAAUCCCAAUUCCCUACAACCCCAAAACUUGGGACCAUCCGGAGAGCAGGGGCAACUUCCGCGGUGGUCCAGAGUCCUCCGAAACUUCAUUCUUUUGGCCCCACUUUCCAGGGUCCUCUGGAGAUGAUCGAGGGGAGCAGAAAGUAGAGCCGGCGGUUGCAGAGCGCCUCUCUCCUGUGCGCUCAGAGAGAAGCAGGACGGCGCUGGUGGACUUGACUGUGAAGGCAGAGGACAAUUCGGGCAGCGCAUGUCUAACGAGUGGCGCCGCACCGACAGAGGGCGUUAUCGAUCUAACGGUGGGCCAGAGGCCAUGCCAACAGCAGGUGAUUCAGAGGAUGCUACCUGGGGUCCAGGUCAAAGUAGAGGCGGAGACGGAGUCGAGAUCUCCACCGGCUGCUGUGCUGAGUUGGGAAGGGAAGAGCAGUCGUGACGGGGGUGAAGGGGUCCUCUUUCAGGGCCUCCUCAGUGCCACGGAGCCGGAAGGGCCCACACACCCAAACACACUGGAAUCAUCAGGCCCUCCCUCCGGUGACAGCAGCCCUUCUUUCCACGAUGAUGCUCCAGUGAGCCAGCUAACUCCCUGUAUCUCUAACCGUACCCCACCAGCCCUGCCCGGCACAGCACGGACCGAGCCCCAAACGCUGCCCCACCUCCAAGCUAGCCCUGCCGCCCCGUGCAAUGUCAUAGUCAAUGGUACGGGAUGCCAUUCGCUACUCGCUCCCGCCUUCGAGUGUUACCCCGACCCAAGAGGAGACGGCGUUGCUGGAGAAGGAGAGGUCGAGGAGCGGCAGCCAGCCAACGGGGAGCUGGAGCACGAGGCACUGAAAGAGAACAAUUGCUCAGUUGGGGACUGUGAGCCGGGGAAGCAAGACGAGAUGGUGGAGACGGUGGAGGGGAAGCCAGAUCCCGACUUCAACAGGGAGGAGGGUGAGCACCCCUUCGCCCUGCCGUUGCUGUCGACCGGAGGCUGCGUGGUCAUCCAGCCUGUGCCAAAGCCCGGCGCUGACAAGACGGCCAUCCUGUCCUGCUCCAUCAGCGCCCCUUUGUCAGCAGACGGGACCGCCGAGCUGGAGCCGCCGCUGAAGAGGAGGUGUCUGCGAAUCCGCAAUCAAAAUAAAUGAGAUGGAACCUCUGAGGACCACAGUGCCAUCAACGAAACUCACUUGUCCACCCCACCUGCCCCUUCCCCGCCACCUCCCAACUACACCGCUGCACAUGUGCACACACACACACAUAGACACACACACUCACACACACACUCGCUCAUCGUCCAGUCUACCAGCACCACAAAUCGCCUUCUGACGACUGAUGAGAGACCAACCGGACGCGGUGAUGUGCGUCACAGCGGAGCGGCUCCGAUGGACUGAACUUCUACAGCCUUCGACGUCGUGAUCCACUCGACCUUUGACCUGCAGACAGGUACACAUCCCUGUCGACGGGAGGACCCCGCCCCGCUGCUUCUCGCCUCUCGUUUAGAGACUCUCAGCCCACACACUGCCCCUCAUACCUCAUGCGCCCUCCCCCACCCCCUAUCGAAGCAAGUGCCCUCCGUAUCGCCUCGCCACUACGGAAUUACGAAUUAGCGAAGGAGCCCCCGAUGGAGAGAUUUCCAUCCCUCGACUCAGCGCUCUUGUUUCGAUCCAACCUGGCGAGUGCACAAAAAAAAUCUCUGCGCCAGUAAGCUACUUUUUAUCCUCGCACAACUUAUCACGAAGGCAUAGAGCGAAUUCCACGAAGUUUAGAUUGUAAAGCUCCAGACCUGGCAAUAAGAUACAAGAAUUCAGCUCUAUCAAACCAGCAAAGAAAUAAAAUAUAAAAUGUUCCUGCCAACCUGACACGAAGCGUUCUGGAUGGGCGGUAGCUUAAAAAGAAGCACGACAAGCAUGAAUACAUUGCAAUAUGAAUGAAGGGCCAGUUUUAAGGAGAUGUUUAAAUCAGAGGCUGGACAUCCGUCCUUGGACAUGAAAUCACUAGUCGUGUUGACAAUUAUUCCCACUGAACUGGAGGAUCCGAUAUUAAACUUCACCAGCAAGCGAGUAAUGGUGUGUGGGUGGAAUCAUACAAUCUUUGCCACUUUUACUCUCUUUCUUUUCUCCUUCUUCCCCCUAGAACCUAUUGGUUUGCUCUUAAACUUCACUCAAUUGAAAUGUGGAGACAGGAGCUGUCACGAUAAUCAUUCCUGCUAUUGACAUUUUUUUUACACCCUCUGGAGCCUCACCGGUGACGGCAAUAGCCCGUUGCUGUUUGAGGACAUUUCAAAGCGCCUCCCAAAAACAACCGGGCCGGCGAUGUAGAAGCUCUACCGACCUUCGGGCCGGCGCUUCAUCUUUUUCUAUUAUACAUUACCGGUGAUGUCUCCUGGAAUGGGCUAGUAAGGAAGGGAAGCUCUUCUUUCUUUUUUUAUUCUCAUGAAUAAUUAUGUUGGGACCUCGAGGAACACUGUUCAAGAAAUUCUGUUUUCUCCAAGAAGCACACUGAAGAUAAAAUAAAUUUUUGGGGAAAUAAUUUGGAUCGGUUUUUUUGCCUUUUGCUUCUGCCCCAGAUGCUGAAUUUUGUUCAUUUAAUUUUUUGGGGCCAUUUAUUUGUGUUUUUUUUACAGCCAAAUUCAGAGCCAAGCGUUGUCCCCGAUUCAGUAGCACGCCUUUUGGGCAACCCUCGGGUUUGAUGUGAUCCGGUUACACCGCGGACUCGAAGCCUGCGAGCGGCGCCGGUCAAACAAAGCCAGUAUUUUGUUAGCACUCCUGUGGAGAAGGGUGCGUUGUACCAGACAAGGUGUCAUCACCAAAGGCCUCUGAUGCACGGAAACAAGACGCGUCACCUAGUUUUUGCGGAAAUUAUAUUUCAAAUUGAGGAUUGGACCAGAUAAUUUAUAGUUGCCAAAAUGCCAAGCACUUAAAAAUAAAGGGAAGAUACAAAAGUGGGUGUUGAAAUGACCCCGUUGUCUCUCUUUAUGGUUUACUCUCUCCCUGAAGGUCUGCACUGUGUCCACGCUGCAAGGCCCAAAUAUGAAUCUGGAUUUUUAAAAACAAGACACAAAGGAUUUGAGUGAUGCUCGGUCGCGAGCUACAUUACGCGUGUCCAUUUGCAGUCCCGACCCGUCUCACUUUGAUUUAUUAUACCGUCACGCUGCGACACCGUGCGGUUCAUUCUGUGUCCAAACCAGGACUGACGCACAUAUUCACAUAUCACAAGCAUACCAGCGUGCUCAUACUACACACACACACACAAUGAAUAUAGUAAAUGUAACCCGGUGCACGUGGUUGAGUGAGGCAGAUGCAAGCACAAAGCCCAGUUGAGAUUAGAGUGUUGACUCACAAGUAAGCAGUGUGUAACUCUAUCUGUCGCCUGUUAGUCAGGCAUUUAGGCUCAGCUUGCCAAGGCCCAGCUUUGGUGCCACUUAAAGCACCCCCCCCCCUCCCCCCGCCCCGUCCUCACACACACACACACACACACACAAUGCUUAAUUUUUCCGCAAUCAAUGGCAGUGGAAAAAUUCUCCUUUUUAAAGUGGCUGAAGCGCCUUUUGUCCACAAGUGGCGAUUUUCCUUUUUCAAGACAUCCAUGAGCUCAGCAUCUUUUAAUUAUUGAGCAGAAGCCCCCUGACUACUCCACUAUACUUCUCACAGGGAUGAUGUCGCAAAGAAACUGGACACCGGAGUUGUUCUGACAUGGGAUUCAUACAAGGCCACCGCCGGGAUCUUUAGAGGUCAAACACCCCCCCACACCAUUUGGACCUGAAGCCCAAAAUCUCGAAUGCGUUUAUAUUUAUUCAUAUAUUCAGACAUCUGUUCAGUUAUACUUUUCUGUAAAUGCUAUAUCCUAUCACACUUUUAAAACACCCACUGUGUGUAGGUUGUGAGAGUGUAAAGCCCCCUCCUCCUGUCACAGGAUGCAACAAUAUACAGAGGACAUGACCUCCUUAAUGGACGCCAUUGACACGGCCCUCUCCUUUGUCUGAGGUCGGCCAUGUUCGUGUGCAGGUACAAAGACCAUCGCGUCGGCUGAGGACCACGCCGUCCCCGUUAGCCCCUUUGUCUGCUGCUGCCGGCUAACGAACGCCGUAGCACUGCUCUGCUAGCAAUGUUAAAAGCAUGAUGCCUGACCUUGAGAAAGGAAAAGAAAGGUCACAAUGUUAGAAGUCGUGCAGACGGAUCUGUUCUUGUCUUUCUUUAGUCCGGCGAGCAGCAGGGACAAGAAAGAUGGCUCAGUGGGCACAGUGCCAUGACAAUGUAUGGAGCACAAUGGAGUGAAUCAGAGGACGAGCCCUCUUCCCAUUUGGACUCUCUGUGAGCUGUCCUCUAGCGCCACCCUCAGGACGAGAGUGUCCACUGGAGCUCGUGGCCUGGGUAACUGACGGAAUAGUUCAACAUUUUGGGAAGUGCACUUAACUUGAGGGUCAAAGGAAAAGAUUGUUCCCACUCUGCCAGCUGUCGGUUAGCUUAGCUUAGCAUAGCAACUGGAAAGAACUGGGGCUAGCUAAUUUACGAUCUUUAUCUUGUCUGUUUCCGGUCUUUAUGCUAAGCUAAACUGAUAGUGACUUCCCCAAAAUGCUGAUACUUCCUUUAUUUUACAUUAAUGUAUUAUUAAUAUUAUAUGUAAUAGUUUAGGUGGCGUUCUCUUGACUCUUAGUCUUACACCACCGCGAGGCUAAACUUACAAAUGUAGUCCAGUGAAGUGGGCUUGCCUAAAUCUGCUGUGACGUCACUCCCUCCUGCUUGACACGCACACGCACACACACACACGCACACGCCAGACGAAACAACGUGCACGUGACGUCCGGCCCCGUGAUACCCGCACCGGGUCGCGUCGCCGUACCGUCCCCCCACGUGCCUCUCACGUGGAGAUCCCGAACCUGGACCGAAUCUUCUUCUUUUCUUUUUUUUUUAGCGAAUGGCACGCGCACUCUUGCCGAAAUCUCCCAGCAUUCCUCUUUCUGGCAAUGGACUGAAUUAUGCAAUGAAAACUAAACUCCAACCCCAAAUCUAGACGAGUGGGUCCGAAGAAAAAAAACUAAAUAAAAGCACGAGUCCAUCCGGUCCAGAACCAACAGAGAAGUUGCCUUAACUCUUGCUUGUAUAAUCCCCACAGUUAAGACAAUGAAGGAGACCCCCCCCUCCCCCCCUCCUUUGUAUAAAAUGAAAAUAUACCAGAAACAACGACUUUGUUAUCUCGCUAUAGUGUCAAUGUAUAGAUGAUGAGCUCUUCUUUUCUUCCUGUAACUUGUAUGGACGUCACAGUUCUGCUCAGAAGGGAUCUGUGUCACGUGUUAACUUGUGGUGGACUGUCAAAUCUCUUCUUUUUUGUGUGUGUACAUUUUACAGUAUUAUUUAUUGUCGACAAGUUUGUUUUUUUGCAUUUGCAAAUAAGAAAACAACCAAAAUAACAAAAAAAUUAAUAAAACAAAAGCGAAGGUGGUUUGACGGGAUUCCGAUGUGAAUGCCUAAAACAGUGACAAGUUUUUUUUAAAUUAUCAUUAUUAAAAAUGGAGAAAAGCAGCGACAAGAGGUGAUCUCCUGUCUUUUUAUUAUGACGUUGUACAUGUACAUGACAUGUGGCCAAAUUUACUUUGGAAUAUAUUUUUUCUUCUUCUUUUUUUUGUGUUGUAACAGUAUUUGUUUUAUCCAGUGAAUUGCUCAUGAAGACAAAUAAAUAAGAGGCACACACACAA